AUGUCUAUCGAUACUAGAGGUAGUAAAAUUAAUUUGUUUAUUAUAAAUGACAUUAACAAUAAUGAUUGUAAUGAUGGUGAGCAAAACGAAUCCCCAUUGUCUGGAGAUAAACAAGAAGAGGCAGACAAUACCAUAACAGAAAAUAUUCAAACUUCAAACAAUACAAAUAUUAAUGAAAAAAAAAAAGAAAUAAUAACUCAUAAAAUAUAUUAUCCUCAAGUAAAAAUUGUAAAAGUAAGUUGUGGAAAAUCUAUAAUAGCAUUUUUAUCUCAAGUUGGUAAAAUUUAUUGUUGGCAUUUAGAUAAUAAAGAAGAUUGUGAUAAGAAUGUCCCAUAUUUAUUGGUAGAUAAUAUUUUAAAAAAUAAAACAAUACAUGAUGUUAGUAGUGGAUCAAAUCAUAUUGCUUUUGUUUCAAAAGACGGUGAUUUGUUUACCUACGGAGACAAUUCAUAUGGCCAAUUAGGCAAUAACACAAUUGAUAAGAGCCAUCAAGAAAAUGAUAAUAACACAAGUAAUAAUGAUGACAAUUAUAAACCUUCAAAUAAUUACAAAACAUAUAAAAUACAUAAAGUAAACCUCGAAAAUAAUAUUAUAAAAAAUGUAUAUUGCUCUGAUAAAUAUACAUUAUACUUAACAAUAGAUGGUAUGUUAUACGGUUUUGGAUUGAUUAAUGAACAUUUUCUUAAAUCAAAACAAAAUCAGGAUAAAAUAAAUAAAACAUUAUUAUAUCCUCAUCUUAUUGAUACAAAUAAUAUAGCUUUUAAAAAAAUAGCAAUCGGAAAUAAUUUUAUAUUAGGAAUCAAUUUUAAUAAUAAUGUUUAUUCAUGGGGUAGUAAUGAUAAUGGUGUUUUAGGCCAUGGAAAUUUUUUAGAUUAUUUUGAACCUAAUAAAAUAGAAAAUUUAAAAAAUGUUAAUUUUAUUAGUGCAGGUAAAAUAAGUUUAUGUAAAACAACAGAUGAUGAUAUAUAUAUUUGGGGAGGUACUUAUGGAAAUAAGCCAAAUAUUAUAAAAAAUAAAUUUGAUAGUUUGCAUAUAAAUAGUAAUUAUAUUAUCGGAUUAUGCUCACAAAAAAAUAUGUGGAUAAAAAAUAUCAAUACAUCAUCUCAUGGAUAUUAUAUUAAUAAUUUAAAAAUUAAUUUAAUCAGUUCAUAUGAUAAUCUAAUUAUUGGAGUAGACAACUUUUUACAAACUGACAAUGUCAUAGAUACAAAAAUCGAUUCUAUUCCCAACAAAAAUGCCAACUCAUCAGUAGAAGCAAACUCUGAAUCUGUUUCAGAGGGCCCAAAUGAGGAUGAUAAAGCAGAUGUAAAAGACAAAGUAAAUGCAAAAGAUGAAGUUGAUGAUCAAAAUCAUGAGGAUCAAACAGCUAUCACUUUAAAUGGGGCACAAAAUGAUGACAACGUUGACAAUGUUGAUAACGUCAAAGAUACUGAUGAUGCUUGUGAUUUGAAUAAGCCUGAAGAAAAUGAUGAAACUCAAAAUUUUAAGGAUCAAAUAGAUGACGAAAAAGUAAAAACUGAAUCUAUAUUAAAAUGUAAUGAAGAAGCUAGCCAAAAUAAUAUUUCACCGACAACUGAAAAUGACAACAUUAUUGAUAGUGAUGACAAGGAUGAAAAUGACAAUAUUAAUGCAUUAAAAAAUGAUGAAGAUAAUUCGGUUUCUGUCAGCCCAGACAAUGACAAUUCUUCAUCUCUCAAAGAAUCUGAAACUGAGAUCAACGAUGAAAAGGAUGACCCAAAUGAAAGUAAAACAGAUAAAAUAAAUGAAUCAAAUAAUAGUGAUUUGAUUAAUUUUUCUCUUUCUGAAUCUGAUGAAAAAGAAAUAAAAGAAGAGACUCCAUCAUAUUUUGAUCCAAUUUGUAAAAUGCAAAAUGAUUCCAAUUAUUUUGACAAUAAUAAUGAUGAUAGUACCUUUGAAAUGGAUAGUAACUAUGAUGAUAAAACAGAAGGACAUAAUAACAUUCUUAAUAUGGAAAAUGAAAAUAUUGAAGAUUUAUAUAAUAGUACAAAUUCUAUUAGUGAUGAUAAUGAAUGUGAUAUAGAAGAUGAGUUAAAUAAAUAUUAUGAUGAAGACGAGGAUUUUUUUUCAACUAAUUUUUAUGGACUUUCAGAAUCUGAUUAUUUAGAUGCAAAAAAUAUUAUUAUUAUUAAUAAUGAUCAAAAUAAUCCAAAUUUAAAAUCAGCUUUAAAAAAAGUACCAAGUACAUCUGAAAUAAGAAAAAGUGUGUCAUUUUCAAAAUAUACAUAUGAUUUAGAAAGAGAUAGCUAUGAGCCAAUUAAUGUUAAUUUAGAUUAUGAUGGCAAUAUUAUUGAAUCUGAUGAUGAUAAAAAUAGUGAGUAUAGUGAUGAUUCUUAUGAAGAAAAUAGAUGUGAUCAACUAAAUGAAUCACAUAUUAUGGAUUUUGAAGCAAGCAAUAUUGAUAAUACAUGUCGAGAAUAUUUCAAUUUUCCAAAUGAUCAAGGCUAUCAUAAAAUGGAAAAUGAACAAGACAAUGAAACAGACAUAUCUAAUGUUAAUAAAAAUGAUGAUAAUGAUUUUGAAAAUUAUUAUAAAGAACAGUUAGAAGAAUCUGCAAAUUGUAAUAAUGACUCAAUGAUGAAUAAUACUUAUUUAAUUAAAAAUGAAAAUAUAAAAAUGGAAAUAAAUAAUGAGGAAUAUUGUCAAAAUGGUGAGUUAGAUAUGAAUAAUACCAACUUAUCUAUAGAAGACUCUAAUAUAGAAAAAAGUUGUGAAAACACAAACAUUGAAGAAAAAGACAAUUUAAAAAAUAUAGAAGCAUUUGAAAAUGCAAACACAUCGUCAACCCAUUUUAGAGAUCACGAAAUAAAUAAUGAAAAUUACAUAAAUAAUAAUAUUACAGAUAUGAACAUAUUAAAUAAAUACACAGAUUACAACACAAAUGUUGGUACUAAUCAAAAUGUUGAAUUAAACCCUAUUUGCACACAUAAUGAAGAAGAUGAAAUUUACAUAUUUGGUAUAGACAAUUUUCUAUAUAAUUUUGAUAUGCUUAAAGAUUUUAUAAAAAAAAUUAGAAAAAAAGCUAAAUAUAAUAAAAAAUUACUUAAUUAUGAAAAGAAAGAAAAAAAUGGAAAAUAUAGGUUACACAUUUUACUAUCAAACAACACAAUAUUUAAUAUUAAAAAAAAGUUUAAAAUUCGAUAUAAUAUAAGUAAAAAAAAUAUUAAAAAAAAAUACUUAACAAAAUCUAUGAAAAAUUAUUACCAAAAUAUGAUUUUAAAAAAUCAAAGGAUUGAAAAGGAAAGUGAAAUUAAAACUUUUCCUUUAUUAAAAUCAAAUAAUAAAAAAAGAAUAAACACUAUUGAUAUGUCUAAUUAUAAUAAACAUGAUGAUUUAAUAAAUUUAAAUACAAUUAUUUCGCAAAAUGAUCAAUUAAAUUUUGUAAAAAAUCAAUCAACAAAAAAAAAACAAAAUACAAUUGUUAAUAAUAACAUUUUUUAUAAAAUUGUAACAAAUAAUAAAAAUAAAACAAUUUCCGAGGUAGCCAUAAAAAAUGAACAAAAUGCAAAUAAAUUAUUAACAAGUCAGAAUGUUUUGGAAAAUGGAAAAAAAAAUCUUGUAUUAAUUAAUACCAAAAAUAAAGCUGUAUCUUCUGGAUAUAAUCUUGUUCAGAAAAAAAAAAUACAAAAUUUAAAGAGUGAACAAUUAUUUGUGUCAGGUAUAGGAGUUACCAAUUUGUGUAAUAAGCAAGUAGACAAUGGAAUUGACUAUCCUAAUAAUGAUGAUGUAAAUAAUAAAGAAUAUAAUAUGGAUAAUCAAAAAAUAAUUAAUGUAAAAGAAGGAGAAUAUUAUAAAGAAAAUGAUAAGGAUGCAGAAAAUUCUAGCCAUUUUUCCAUUUCUACUCAAAAUGGUACACCUAUGGUAGAAUCAAUUAAUAAUACAAAUAAUUUUAAUUAUAUGCAUUUAUUUACUUAUAAAAAAGGAAAUAAAAAAGAUUAUCAAACUUCACAAUUAAGUAAAGCUACCCAAGUUAUUUAUAAUACUGAAAAUGGAAAAUUAAUUCCAAAGUUACAAAUAAAAACACCACAAAAUGGUAAAAAUUGUUUAUCUAAAACUAGUGGUAGAUUUGGAAAAAUACCAUUUAAUGCUAAUUAUGAAAAAGAAAUAAUUAACAAUAUAAAUGAUUUAGGAAAAAAUUCUAUUAUUAAAAAUAUUGUUUGUAUAAAUAGUGACCCUAUAGAAGGUAUCGAAUGUAAGGUUGAGGAAAAUUGUUCAACAAAUAUAAAUGGAAAAAUGCUAAAAAAAAAAAUAAUUAAAAAAGGAUCUACUAAGUUAUAUAAUAUGAGUAACACAAAUUUAAAAAAAACAGAAAAAGCCACUUCAAGCAUUAUAAAUAAGAAUAAAGAGUCAUCAAAUUUAAGUCACACUAUUCAAACUAAGCCAUCUAUUGUCACCAAAAUGGAUAAUAAAAAAAUUAAUAAAAAAAAAAAAGACAGUCAAGAGUUAGUUAUUUAUAAUAAUCCAAUAGAUAACGAUGAAACAAAUGCUAAAAGUAAAAAUAUGAUGUCUAUAAAAAAUGAAACAACUCAAGAUAGUAUUGUCUUAUUAAAUAAGAAAAAAAAAGUAACAACUAAUACAGUUUUAAAUAUAAAUAAAAAAGUUAAACCCCAAAAAAUGUGUAUAACAGAUACAGAUAACUACAAUUUCAAUGAGGAAGAAAAAAAUAAUUCCAAAUCAGUUUCUUUAUUAUCAUUAAAAGGGAAAGAAAAUAAAACAAAAAUUUUUAAAAAUUUAAAAAAAGAAAUAAAAUCUAUGAAAAAAUAUAUUUCCAAUGAAAAUAGUAAACAGAAUAAGACACAAAAUGUAGAACCCUUUUUAGAUGAAAAUGGAAUAGAAAAAAAUAAAAACAUGUUAAUAAAUAAAAUGGAUAAUAAUAUAAAUGGUGAAGAAGAAUAUAUUAAUUGUGAUGAUUAUUGUAAAAAUAUUAAAAAUAAUUUAGAAACAAAUUUAAAUAAAAAAAAUGUAUAUAUAAAAUAUGCUAAGCGUAUGUUAAAGGAUAUAAAAUAUAUAAUAACUGAAUAUAAUAAUAUAAAAAAUGAAAAAGAAGAAAUGAGUAAACAAAAUAAUUAUCUUCGAUUUUUAUUAGAAAGUACAGUCGCAAAAACUAAUGAGAUGAUUAGAAUAAAUAAAAAUUCAAUUCAGACAUAUAUAGAAAAAAUCCAAAAUGAAAAUAAAAUUUUAAAAAAUGAACUUGAUGAAGAAUCACAUCAACAUCAUUAUGAUUUACAGCAAUUAGUAAAUAAAAUAUUAAGCAUUGAAAAAGUUAAAGAAGAUGUAAUAAAACAAAAUGGAGAAUACAAUAAUAAAUUAUCUUUAUUAUCAAAACAAUGUGAACAAUAUAAACAAAAAGAAGAAAAGUUGUUACAAAAUAAUUAUAAUGAAUUAAAAGAAAAUUAUAAUUCAAUAAAAAGUUAUAAUCAUGAAUUAUUAACAAAAAGUAAUCAACUAAAAGAUGAAACAGUAAAUCUAAAAACACAGAUUAAAGAAAAGGAUAUUAUAAUUGCUCAAUAUGCUGAAAAAAUCAAUACUUCCAAUAUAAAUAAUAUUUUACAUACCAAACAUCAAACAAAAAAUGCAAAUACCUUAGAUAGUCUAAAAUAUAAUAGUGAUAAUAUUUUACACUCUUCAAAUCAGGUAUCCAUAAGUGGUGAUUCAGAAAUUGGUCGUAAGACAUGUAAAAAUAUCGAGUUUGAAAAAAGAGAAUCUUUAGAUGAUCUUAUUAAAACAACUUUUAAAAAUAUCGAUAUUAAGAAAGAUAAAGAAAUGAAUAAAUUACAAGAAAAGUUAAUUGAAGUUUUAAAUGAGUUUGCAAAAAAUAAUACUAGUACAGAUGAAAAAGAUAAAUUUUUAUUUUUAGACAGUUUAGAUAGUUCUACUGAAGAAUAUAAAAAGAUCAUGCAAAACGGACAUUAUAAAAAUUAUAAAAGUGAUAGUACAGAAAAAAUUAUAUCAUCAAUUGAAAGUAUAAAAGUAAAUGAUCUAAGCUUACCUAAAAAUGGUGACAAAUUAAAUGAGCAUGAAAAUGAUAAAAAAAAAGAAAAACGAAAAAAAAAAAAAAAAAAUCAUAAUUCAAAAAAUGAUAAAACCGAACAAGAAAAGAAAAAAAAAGAAGAUACUGAUAAGAAACAAUUUUUUAGUACAGUUACUGAAGUAAUAGCUAGCCAAAAAAAAGAUGUUCCCCACAAUCAUAUAAAAAAUAUAUCUGAUAAAGAAAGUGUUGAAAUUUCUGAAUCAAGUGAUGGAAAUAGUUAUAAUUUAAAUGAAAAGGUGAUCUCAAAAAAAGAUGAAAAUUUAUGUGGGGUUAUAGAAAAGUUAGUAAAUAAAAAAAGAGAAAAAAAAAAAAAUAAAAUAACAGAAAAUUCUGAGACAACAAUUCAAAGCUUAAAAAAGGGGAAUAACAAAAUGGAUGACUUAAAAAUUCAAUCUAUAGAAACAAUAAAUAUAAGAAGCUCCGAAUUAAGUGAUAAUAUUAAUGAAAAUGCUGUAAAUAAAACAAGUUCCUUGAAAAAAGAAACAAGACUAAAGGGAAUUGAAGAUAAUAAAAAUUUAUCAGUAAAAAAUAAAAUACCUUCAAAUGACGACACCAAAUUUUCAACCUAUUUGAAUAAAAACCAAGAUGGAACAACCAAAAAUAUAAAAAAAACAAACAAAUUAUUAAACAAAAUGAUUGAUAAUGUUUUUGACAAACCAAUGGAUAAUAAAUCAGUAAAUAAAAGUAUGUUAAAUAUUCAAAAUAUGAUUGAGAAUAAUAUUAAAAAUAUUUUUUCGUCUGAAAAUUAUUAA